ACACUUUAGUAAAAGACAAAAUUACAUUAUUUAAACUAUCAGUGGAAGCCUAAUAAAAAGAGUAAGAUCUGCAUCACAUGUAAAUAAAUUCUUCAUUGUUUGUGAAUUUCCUUAUACAUCUGACGUGUUUUUGUGUAUAAUUAUGAUCAAAAUCGUCAAAAAUGCACAAUAUUUACUCACCACAUGGUCUGAUGCUACACAGCAUGUAGCCCUGUACUGCCUUUUCUGAAAUAUUAAUGACAUACUGGCCCCUUCUCUUCUAACCCCACCCCCACUUUGCUGGCUGUAGCAGAUGAAUGAACCCCCAUUAUACCCCUUCAGUGAGAUGCAGCGGCCCCUUUUCAUUUCAGAUGCAGGAGGAAUCCGGAUGUAGUCGUCUCUCUGAGACACUCUCAGUUUCUUCCAUUUACUUUAACUGGUCAUUUAGACCUGGAGAUUAGAGCAGGUUACACACAGGCUUGAUGAUGAAUUAGCAUCGGUGCUAAAGCCAUGAGUGGCUCUGUCCAAGCACCGUCGGUGGUGAAGGUGUUGAUGCUUUCUAUUGACAAGCCCUUGAUGGGUGAGUGCAGAGCAGGAGAUCCAGAGGAGAUGCAGCGGGGGUGAUUAUCCCCCCCCAGUAUGGGAUCUUUGUUGAAUUAUCCACUGAGGGCAGCAGGGAGCAGCUCCGAGGGCACGGAGGACUCUGACUUCUCUGCUGACCUUGAAACCGCAGAAGUUCCAGACGGUGUGCACAGACGCAGCAGUGCUCGCCUGACUCGAGCGUCACUACGGCAGAGUCAGAGCUCGCAAGACAGCUGUACUCCAGCCCACAGCAGUUCUCCCUCGGCUGUGGCUCCUGAUGAAGUUCCUGAUUCUGCAGCAGCAUCAGUGGCAGCUUCAGUCUUCACUUCUGGACGCAGAAUCACACGCAGCCAACAGGGGGUGACCAACGCCACAGCCAAAAGAUACUCCCUGCGCCAGAGUAGGUCGUCAGGCUCCGAUACUGAGGCGAAUGAUCUGAAGCAGGGGGAGGACCGGGAUGAGACCCCGCCCCGCACUCCAACAGGCAACGCCCCCUCCUCAGAGUCUGACAUUGAGGUUUCCAGCCCCGGUAACGACCUGGUGUCUUCCAGCAACGACGUCAUCGUCUCCCAGGAGGAGGACGAGAGACUGGCCAAAGAGCUGUCCCUCAAAGAGGCCGCGGCCUGUGACCUGUCCCACCGGCCCAAGAGGCGGCGCUUUCACGAGAGCUACAACUUCAACAUGAAGUGUCCCACACCUGGGUGCAACUCACUGGGUCAUCUGACAGGGAGACAUGAGAGACAUUUCUCCAUAUCAGGAUGUCCUCUCUACCACAACUUGUCGGCUGAUGAAUGCAAGGGCAAGGCAUCGACACGUGAGAAACAGUCAGAGGAGAGGACGCUGUCGCACCGCCAGGACGAGAACAGACAUUCCACAAGGAACCAGGCUCCAACCGAGCGUCAGCUGCGCUACAAGGAGAAGGUGACGGAGCUGAGGAGGAAGAGGAACUCUGGGCUGAAUAAGGAGCAGAAGGACAAAUACAUGGAACACCGCCACAGCCACGGGACGAGCCGGGAGCCGCUGCUGGAGAACAUCACCAGUGACUACGACCUGGAGCUGUUCAGGAAAGCGCAGGCACGUGCAUCGGACGACCUUGAGAAGCUGCGUCUGACCGGUCAGGUGUCAGAGGGCAGCAACAUGAUAAAGACAAUCACCUUCGGUCGCUACGAGCUGGACACCUGGUACCACUCCCCGUACCCGGAGGAGUACGCUCGUCUGGGAAGGCUGUACAUGUGCGAGUUCUGCCUGAAGUACAUGAAGAGCCAGACCAUUCUAUAUAUGCACAUGGCCAAGUGUGUUUGGAAGCAUCCUCCAGGAGACGAGAUCUACAGGAAAGGAAACAUCUCUGUGUUUGAGGUGGACGGAAAGAAGAACAAGAUUUACUGCCAGAACCUGUGUCUGCUGGCCAAACUCUUCCUGGACCACAAGACCCUGUACUACGACGUGGAACCGUUCCUGUUCUACGUCAUGACCGAGGCCGACAACACGGGCUGCCACUUGGUGGGGUACUUCUCAAAGGAGAAGAACUCCUUCCUCAACUAUAACGUCUCCUGUAUCCUCACCAUGCCACAGUACAUGAGGCAGGGCUACGGAAAGAUGCUCAUAGACUUCAGUUACCUACUGUCCAAGGUGGAGGAGAAGGUGGGCUCCCCUGAGCGACCUCUGUCCGACCUGGGGCUCAUCAGUUACCGCAGCUACUGGAAGGAGGUGCUGCUGCGAUACCUGAACAACUUUCAGGGCAAGGAGAUUUCCAUCAAAGAGAUCAGUCAGGAGACGGCGGUCAACCCCGUGGACAUCGUCAGCACGCUGCAGUCGCUCCAGAUGCUCAAGUACUGGAAGGGAAAGCACUUGGUUCUAAAGAGACAGGACCUCAUCGAUGACUGGAAGGCCAAGGAAACCAAACGUGGAACUGGAAAGUCCAUUGAUCCCACGGCGUUAAAAUGGACUCCACCUAAAGGGACGUAGACGGACUUCCUGUGUGUGUGGCUCUGAACCCCGGUCACACAGAAACACUCUCUCUUCACACUGGCAUGUUCUCAGACCCUGAGCCUAAACUGUCUCACCUCCACUCGCUGCCUAUCUCCGCUUCAGCCCAUGGUCCACGUAGGGUCCAGCCCGGUCUCUGGGUUCAACCAGUCACCAGCCAGAAUUAGUCAGAAAAAAAUAAAAAGCUCACAGACGAAGAAAAUAUAAAAUUUACACCAAAACAUAAAUCCAGUGGCUGUGUUUUUAACAGUAAGAAAAGCAGCCCCAGAUUAUUACAGAGCCACUUUACAUGUAAGUAUGUUAACAAAAUCAUGAAAUUUAAAGAUUUUCUAUAUGUGACAUGCACCUUAUCUGUAUUUAAAUAUAUUUAUUCAAUUUUUUUUUGGAAAAUGUUCAUGUUUUUAGAACAAGUUCUAGAACUGGUCUAGAAUGUUGUUGUUGUUGAGGUUUUAAAAUAUGUAGGUUAAAAACUCAUAUUUAAACAGGUUCCCAGUCUUUUUUUCUAUUUUAUAUGAAAACAAUUCUAAAAAGUUUUAACUGACCCUUUUUCACUGACACACCUAGAGAUGGAGACCAAACAGUGGCUGUUUGAACCCAGAGACUCCGCCUCAACUGUCAGCAUGUAGUGGUAGUUAACACAGCAGGAAGUUACAGCUGCCUCCAGCCAGGUGAGAGACUUUUCUGUUGUUAUUUGAUUUCUCUGGAAUCAGAAAAACUUCCUGUUGUUCCUCUGGUCGUCGUCUUAUAAAGAAUUGCGUUGUCAUGGAAACGAUUCACUGUCUUCUACCUCUGACGUACCACCACUGUAUGACAAGCUUUUAGGACGGUUGUUAUUUUGUGUUUAACACUUAGCGUUAGCUUUGUAGACAUGCUAAUUUAUAUUCCUAAAGAAAAGAGACGUCGGCUGCUUAGAACGGACCGAGUCUAGUCGGAGAAUUCCUGCUCCAUGUCUUUGUGAAUAAAAAAUAUUUAUUUUAGUGGAUUAAAAAAGCUACAGAACAUUUCACCUCUGCUGCCCCCACAGGACGAGACACUGAACGACAAAAAAAACCCCAAAACAUUUUAAACGUUUGUGUUCACGUUUCCUACAUUUCUUGUGCUGCUUCAGUGAACCUUGUCUUGUUUUUGCCGCCCCCUGUAGCUUUGAACUGUCAUUAUGUUUCUGCUCAUCAACUUGUUUGUAACAAACCUGCAGCGUUUGUGCACAUUUGGGGAACGAUUUAGCACAUUUUUGCCUUUUCAUCAAAACAGUAUCAACUAGGGGUCUAAAUUAAUAUACGAAUACACUGAGAUAUUGCAGUAUUUCAGUGUAUUGCAGUAUAUUGUGAUAUAUCGUAUCGUAUCGUCAGAUUCCUGCCAAUACACACCGCUGGUAUGGACAGUAACGUGUUGAGUUUGGCUACUGAAGUGUUGGUGAACCACGGGUUUAACCACAAAUGUACUUUUUCUAAAGAUGCUCCAGCCUUAAAGGUGUACUCUGUAGGAUUUGUUUUAAAGUUCUAUUGCCAAAAUUAUUUAUAAAAUAAUCUGCAUUACGAGUGUGAGAACGUUUCCUAGAAAGUUGAGUGAGUUGAGUGACCACUAGAUGGGGCUCAAUCGCACACAAUGCCUGGUUUUGGGGGUAUAUGUUUUUAGUUUUUUUGGGGGGGUGGGGGGGUGCAGUAAAUGUAUACACCUGCUGAAGACUUUUGCACAGUUACUCUCCACGUAAGUCCACAGCUGACGAACUGAAUUAGACAAUUAGAAACAUUGAUAUAAAUGUUUUAUUAAUUUUGUAAUAUUCCUUUUUAUUAGAGUUUUUCUUUUUUUUUUUACACGACAUCAUCAGUGGACAUUCAGUAAAUACAGCCAGUUUCUUUUUUUAUGUUUUGUAAAACAAAUGUGUCUGAAAGAGACAAUAUUCACAUAUUAAAUAUAUACCUGAGUGGAAAAGGUUAAAUCAAAACACACACACACACACACGUGUGUGUGUGUGUGUGUGUGUGUGUCCCGGUGGAGUGUGUUGGACAGUUCAGGUCCUGCUGUCGUCCUGUGGCUCAGUGUCGUCACGGUCACUUAGAGAAACCAGAAGUAUGUCAUCACCGUCCUCCUCGCCGCGGCGGUGCCUCCACGUCCUCGCCGCACACACACACACACACACACAGACACACACACAGACAAAAGUGUCCUGGUAGCGUUGUGUUGUCCAGCUGUGGGUUUUUUGUACUUGCUCGUCACGUAUCAGUCCCUCUUCAAUAAACACAAAUGGUGAUCUCUUCCUCCUGUGUUGUUUGUGUGUUCACCGUCUCCCGUGGCAACGGCGCCGGAGAGCGUGUGAAGGAGUGUGUGUGGUCGGUCAGCUGUCGUCACGGACGCUGAUCAAGACGAGGACGAGGAGAAUAAAGUCGCCGUGUGGCUGCGGAAAAGAUUUGAUGAGUUUGGACGGAGGGUCUGAGAUGGACUGAAGUGGAGA